AUGUCCUCCGUUACUGGUUUUUUCAUUCCCCCGGUCUCUUACUUCGGUGAAGGUGCUUUGCUUGAAGCUGUCAACUUCAUCAAGACCAAGGAAUUCAAGAAGGCUAUCAUCAUCACUGACCCUGGUAUUGCCAAGAUUGGUCUUUCCGGUAAGGUCACUGAAAUCUUGAAGGAAAACGGUCUAGACGUUGCUAUCUACGACCAAACCCAGCCAAACCCAAACAUCGGUAAUGUUACCGCUGGUCUAAAGGUUUUGAAGGAGCAGGACAGUGACGUCGUUGUGUCCAUCGGUGGUGGUUCCGCCCACGACAACGCCAAGGCCAUUGCCCUUUUGGCCACCAACGGUGGUGAAAUCGGCGACUACGAAGGUGUCAACCAGUCCAAGAACGCCGCUCUACCUUUGGUUGCCGUCAACACCACCGCCGGUACCGCUUCUGAAAUGACCCGUUUCACCAUUAUCUCCAACGAAGAAAAGAAGGUCAAGAUGGCCAUCAUCGACAACAACGUCACCCCAGCUGUUGCCGUCAACGACCCAUCUGCCAUGUACGGUUUGCCACCUGCUUUGACCGCUGCCACUGGUCUUGACGCUUUGACUCACUGUUUCGAAGCUUACUUGUCGACCGCUGCCAGCCCAAUCACUGACUGCUGUGCCUUGAAGGGUAUUGACUUGAUCCAGGAAAGUUUGGAAGAGGCUUACAAGAACGGUAAGGACACCAAGGCCAGAACUGACAUGUGCUACGCCGAAUACCUAGCUGGUAUGGCCUUCAACAACGCCUCUUUGGGUUACGUUCACGCCAUCGCCCAUCAAUUGGGUGGUUUCUACCACUUGCCACACGGUGUCUGCAACGCUGUUCUACUUCCUCACGUUCAAUCUUUCAACAAGAAAGAUGAGAAGUCCAACAACAGACUUGCCGAGAUCGCCUCUCACUUGGGCGCCAAAGAGAACACUGCCGACUCUACCAUCGAGCGUUUGCACGAAUUCAACAGAGUUCUAAGCAUCCCAAGAAACUUGAAAGAGCUAGGUGUCAAGGUUGAAGACUUUGAAAUUCUUGCCGAAAACGCCAUGAAAGACGCUUGCCACUUGACUAACCCAAUUCAGUUCGAGAAGGAAGAAGUCAUUGCUAUCAUCAGACAAGCUUACGAAUACUAA